AUUUCCGCUGGAGCUUCCGCUUCCGCCGGAAGCCGGGCCAGGCCGCUGGAGCCUCUGGGCUCGGUGGUGAUGCGGUUUACCCGCGGGUUGUCAAGGAGUCCAGGGUUGUGCGGCUGCAAGCGCUUAUUUAGAAGACUGCUUGGAGGUAAUGGCUGAUCAUCUGGAUGCUGAUGCCUUGGCUGAUGGUUCAGAGCCACUUUUUUCCUUUGGAGUUAUAGCAGAUAUUCAGUAUGCUGAUUUAGAAGAUGGAUUCAAUUAUCAAAGAAGCAGGCGGAGGUAUUACCGGCACAGUCUUGUUCACUUACAGGGUGCCAUUGAAGACUGGAAUAAAGAACGCAGCACGCCCUGUUGUGUCCUCCAGCUUGGAGACAUCAUUGAUGGCUACAACGCACAGUAUAAAGUUUCAGAAAAGUCUCUAGAACUUGUCAUGGACACAUUCAAAAUGCUUAAAGCCCCAGUUCACCACACAUGGGGAAACCAUGAGUUCUAUAACUUCAAUAGAGACUUUUUAGCAAACUCGAAACUUAACAGCAAGUUUCUAGAAGACCGAAUUGUACAGCAUCCCGAGACCACGCCAUCAGAGAACUAUUAUGCUUAUCACUUUGUACCAUUCCCUAAAUUCCGGUUUAUUUUACUUGAUGCUUAUGACCUGAGUGUCUUGGGCAUAGAUCAAUCUUCUCCAAAAUAUGAGCAGUGUAUGAAGAUGCUGAGGGAGCACAACCCAAAUGUGGAGUUAAAUAGUCCCCAAGGACUUUCUGAGCCCCAGUAUGUCCAGUUUAAUGGAGGAUUCAGCCAAGAACAGCUGAACUGGUUGAAUGAAGUUCUUACAUUCUCAGACCUGAACCAGGAAAAGGUGGUGAUUGUGAGCCAUCUUCCCAUUUACCCAGAGGCCUCUGACUGUGUGUGCUUGGCUUGGAACUACAUGGAUGCUCUGUCAAUCAUAUGGCCUCACAAGUGUGUGGUGUGUUUCCUUGCUGGUCACACACAUGAUGGUGGCUACUCUGAGGAUCCUUUUGGUAUACACCAUGUCAACCUUGAAGGAGUUAUUGAAACAGCUCCGGACAGCCAGGCCUUCGGCACAGUUCAUGUCUACCCUGACAAAAUGAUACUGAAAGGGAGAGGCAGAGUUCCAGACAGAAUUAUGAAUUACAAAAGGGAACAAGCUUUGUGAUUUUAGUCUCAUUGUCUUGUCUGUCUUUGUAGAAAGAGAAUGACAUUCUUUUGUGUUUUACUCCAUUGCAUAUAAAGUUAAAUUCUUACCAGGUGUGGUGGCUCAUGCCUUUAAUCUCAGCACUUGGGAGUCAGAGAG